CUCUCCGUCCAUUCCUCCAGAUGCUGACAAGCUGUUUGAGCACGACCUGGGUGCUCUGAACAAGGCAGCUCUGAACAGGAAGAUAGAGAGGGCAGGUCUGCUGAGGAACCUGGGCCCCUGCUGUAAGGCCCUCUGUGCCCGCAGGGACAUGGCCAUCAGACGGCAGCUCCUCAAGAACGAAAAGGGCCUGGCCAAGCAGAUGUACCCCAGUGUUCCUGUGGUGGACAGUGAGCUCUUCCAACUCAGCAUGCGUCUCUUCAAGAAGACUGUAGCCGCCGCCAGAAGCAACCAGCCCCCGUUGGGGCCCCCAGCAGGCCCAGAGAAGGCCGACAAGGGGCCACCGGGGUUGGUACCGGCAGCUUCACCGGUAGCCAAGCCCAGUACACCACAGCCCCCCGAGAUGUGUGUCUCCUGAGAGCGUGCGGGGCUUAUGGGUAAAAACAAACGCUGCAUGAUGAAACUGACCUGUGAUCAGAAAUUGAAUCAGCUCUGACUACUAAGCCUGCUCUGAGUCCCUGCCCCCUAACUCUAAACCCCGCCCCCUAAUGCUAAAACCCGCCCCCCUGCUAUAGCUUUGUUAAUCACAAGGAAAAAUCUAACAAAACGCUGAAACUCUUGUCAGUCAGCAGUGCUGUCAUUAUGGAAGACUGAUCUGAUCCGCAAGUACUGUACUGCUUCUACCAUAGAGACUAUUGGAGAUACUAGCCUAUGGAGGGAUUGAUAGAGGCCUUGUACAAUGUACUGUACCUUGAACUAGAAAUGACAAUGCUACAGGAAAGACAUGCAUUUUCCCGAAUAACACAGUUGUUUUUGUGCGAUUGGAUAUUUGUUGUCGGAGGGGGAUAAGUCUCCCUUUCGUAAUGCCGCUGAUUUAUUGUUUUUUGUUUCUUUUGUUGUGCAUUGGUUUUUAAGAUUAAAGUGGCUAGUUGUUCAUUUGUAA